GUCUGCUGUGACCAGAGGACCAGUAAAACAAUGCCAUGUAGAAAAUAUCCCAAUUAAGCUCAUUUGUUUGUAUCUUACGCGGAAGGGUUGCUAAAGGUCACUCAUCACUCAACUCAACUCAACUCUGAGUCACCCAGUAUUGGUUAGUUUUAACUUAUAGCUGCUAUUGCUGUAGGCUAUAGCACUUGCUGACUGACUGCUCGAGUUAUUAGUCAUGAUGGCACCGCUUUGUGGCAGCGGGAAGAGAGGGAGGCCUAUGGCGGUAAAGAUGGUAUUCUUCUCUUUGCUUUUUCUGAUACCAAUGGCAUCAUCGGUAGGCAGCUCUCAUCGGAAACUGGAGGUUCAGAAGCAGUUGAAGCGCUUGAACAAGCCAGCUUUUAAAUCCAUCAAGAGCCCCGAUGGUGAUAUAAUUGAUUGUGUCCAUGUCAAGCACCAGCCAGCUUUUGAUCAUCCUCUUCUGAAAAAUCAUACAGUUCAGAGGACACCGAGUUUUCACCCAAAAGAGCGUUCAUUCGAUGAGAGCAAGCAGGUCUAUUCAAAGUCGACCAAGCCCAUUACUCAGCUAUGGCACUUGAAUGGAAGGUGCCCUAAAGGAACUAUUCCCAUCAGAAGAACUAAAGAACACGACGUAUUAAGGGCAAGCUCCAUUGAAAGUUAUGGAAGGAAAAAGCACCUAAGCAUCCCUCAACCAAAGUCUGCUCAACCUGACCUUAUCACUCAAAGUGGCCAUCAGCAUGCAAUUGUUUAUGUGGAAGGAGAUAAAUAUUAUGGAGCUAAGGCAACCAUAAACGUAUGGAAACCCCAAAUCCAGCAACCUAAUGAGUUCAGCUUAUCUCAAAUCUGGAUUCUGGGUGGUUCUUUUGGUGAAGAUCUCAAUAGCAUUGAAGCUGGUUGGCAGGUGAGCCCAGAUCUUUAUGGAGAUAACAACACUAGACUCUUCACUUAUUGGACGAGCGAUGCGUAUCAAGCCACCGGUUGCUACAAUCUCCUGUGCUCCGGCUUUGUUCAGGUUAACAACGAAAUCGCGAUUGGUGCAAGCGUCUACCCUGUUUCUGGCUAUGGCGGUUCCCAAUAUGAUAUUAACAUACUUGUCUGGAAGGACCCAAAAGAGGGGAACUGGUGGAUGCAAUUUGGGAAUAAAUAUGUGGUGGGAUACUGGCCGGGGUUCCUGUUCUCGUACCUGGUUGACAGUGCAUCAAUGAUUGAAUGGGGAGGAGAGGUGGUGAACUCAGAGGCUGAUGGGCAGCACACCUCCACACAAAUGGGUAGCGGUCAUUUCCCUGGAGAAAGUUUCGGAAAAGCUAGUUACUUCAAGAAUAUCCAAAUAGUUGAUGCCUCCAACAAUCUUAGGGUUCCCAAAGGCAUUGCCACUUUCACUGAGCAAUCCAAUUGCUAUGAUGUCCAAAAUGGCCAAAAUGGCAAUUGGGGCAACUACUUUUAUUAUGGGGGUCCUGGUAAAAACCCCAACUGUCCAUGAUCAUAGUAAUACAUAAAGAAACGACCAAAUCGAUGUAAAUUCUAUUUAAUUUAUUAGUUUGGGUCUCGAUCUGCUGAACUCUAGCUAUGUUGUCUCUGGCUUGCACAAUAUUCAUGUGAUUAAAUCGUUCCAAAUUUGAAAAAUUAUGUGUAUCUGUUUAGACUGUUUUGCUCA